GGAAGACCUUUAAUCUCAAAGGAGGAGAGACACCUUCUUCAUCUUCACCGCCUCUCUCACUCUCUCUCUCUCUAGCCAUGGGGGACCUUGCCCGCAACUUUCUGCAGCACCUUUACUGGCAGUUCUGCGAAUCAGACGACGAGCCCCCCAUCGCUUCUCAAGGCUCCCAGCCUUCUUCUUCCUCCUCCUCUCAAGCGUCCGCCUCCGAAACGUACCUCCUCGGCUUCAUCAUCGCCAACGUCGUCGGCCUCCGCCACUACUCCGGCACCAUCAGCGGCCGCGAGAUGGUGGGCCUCGUCCGCGAGCUCAACCCCUACGACGAGAACGCCAUCAAGGUCCUCAACACCAGGUCCGUCCAGGUCGGCCACAUCGAGCGCGCCGUCGCCGCCGUCCUGGCCCUGAUCGACUCCCACGUGAUCUCCGUCGAGGGCAUCGUGCCCAAGACCAGCAGCGCCGGGAGCAAGUUCAGGAUCGCCUGCCAAGUUCACAUCUUUGCCAGGGUCGAGGCCUUCGACCUCGUGAAGUCGGCUGUUUCGCGAGGCGGGUUGGUGCUCAUUUCGGACGCGGGCGCGUCGUUCGCCCUGUCGGAGGCGGUCGUGGUGAAGGAGAGGAAGGGUGGGAAGGAGGUGAGGAGUGUGGAUGAGAUUUUUAAGCUGGCCGACGAGAAUGUCGGGAAGAAGGCGAAGAUGGAGGCCCUGGAGCCACCGGGAGAGGUGAUUAAGUCUGUACUGUUCCAACAUCAGAAGGAGGGUUUGGGUUGGUUGGUUCAUAGAGAGAAUUCUGGGGAGUUGCCUCCAUUUUGGGAGGAGAGAGAUGGCGAGUAUGUGAACGUAUUGACGAACUAUCGCACAGAAAGGGCGGAACCUCUGCGAGGUGGCAUUUUUGCAGAUGAUAUGGGUUUGGGUAAGACUUUGACAUUACUUUCUUUGAUUGCUUUUGAUAAAUUUGGUAGUUUUAUAGCUGGGGAUCGUGUCAAUAGUGCUGGUGAACAAUGUGGGGAUGAUGAGGUUCGAUCUGAGUCGGCUAAGACAAAGGGUAAGAGAGGUAGAACGAGUAAAGGGGUUUCUCAGUCGCAAAAGAAGCGUAAAACCCAAAAAACUGCUUCAACUAGUAAUCGGAAGGCAUCAUCUUCAAGUCUAGAUGAGACGCCUGAUGUGCUGAGUACCAAAUCGACUUUAGUUGUGUGCCCUCCAUCUGUGUUUUCCACUUGGAUUACACAGCUAAGCGAGCAUACUAUUCCUGGGAAGAUGAAAGUAUAUAUGUACUAUGGAGACAGGACGAGAGAUGCUGAGGAGCUUAAGAAAUAUGACAUUGUGUUGACCACCUAUACCAUAUUGGCUACUGAGGAACCUUGGGAAGAAUCUCCUGUGAAAAAGAUAGAGUGGUGGAGAGUCAUUUUGGAUGAAGCUCAUCUGAUUAAGAAUGCGAAUGCCCAACAAAGCCAAGCGGUCACUAAAUUGAAGGCUAAGAGGAGGUGGGUGGUAACUGGAACGCCUAUUCAGAAUGGUUCAUUUGACUUGUUCUCUUUGAUGUCAUUGCGGUUUGAGCCUUUUUCUAUAAAGAGCUAUUGGCAAAGUUUGAUCCAGCGUCCACUCAGCCAAGGGAAUCAGACAGGGCUUUCCCGUCUGCAGGUUCUGAUGGCCACCAUUUCUCUACGAAGGACAAAGGACAAGGGUUUGAUUGGAUUACCCAAAAAAACAAUAGAGACUUGUUAUGUCGAACUUUCUCGUGAAGAACGUGAACUGUAUGACCAGAUGGAAAGAAAGGCCAAGAGUGCUGUCCAGGAAUGUAUCAAUGCUGGCAGUUUGAUGCGUAAUUACACUACUGUGCUUGGUAUAAUUCUGAGACUUAGACAGAUAUGCAUUAGCAUGGCCUUGUGCCCUCCAGAUCUGAAGUCGCUUCUUCCAUCUGACAAUAUUGAAGAUGUAUCUAAUAACCCAGAGUUGCUGAAGAAGUUGGUUGCAGUGCUGCAAGAUGGUGAAGAUUUUGAUUGCCCUAUAUGCAUUUCUCCAUGUACUGAUCUCAUAAUCACUUGUUGUGCUCACAUCUAUUGCCGAGCUUGUAUUCUCAAGACUCUACAGAAUUCGAAAAGGAACUGUCCCCUUUGUCGCCGUCCUUUGACCGAGUCUGACCUAUUCUCUGCUCCAACGGAAUCAUCUGAAAAUAGCAAAGUGGAAAAUUGUUCUGAAUCCAUUUCUUCUGCCAAAGUUUCUGCUCUUUUGAAACUCCUCCUUGCAGCAAAGGACCAAAAAUUGACUUCAAAAUCAGUUGUGUAUUCCCAAUUUAGAAAAAUGCUAUUACUCUUGGAAGAGCCACUUAGAGCGGCUGGUUUUAAGAUCUUGCGCCUGGACGGUUCAAUGAGCAAAAGGAGAUCACGAGUGAUUGAAGAGUUUGGAGCGCAUGAGCAAAGUACAGCCACCGUGUUGCUUGCCAGCCUCAAGGCUUCUGGUGCUGGUAUAAAUCUGACAGCUGCAUCGACGGUUUAUCUGCUAGAACCGUGGUGGAAUCCUGCAGUUGAGGAACAAGCCAUGGAUCGAGUUCACAGGAUCGGGCAAAAGGAGGAUGUGAAGAUUGUAAGGUUGAUAGCACGUAACAGUAUCGAAGAGAGGAUAUUGGAGUUACAGGAGAGGAAGAAGAAAUUGGCAAGGGAAGCAUUUGGGAAGAGGGUUUCAAAAGAUCGAAGUGAGAUUGGGUUGGACGAUUUUCGUGCGCUCAUGUCCUUGUGAAGACAUGGAGAAGUAGUUGUGCAUACUUUUUUGUAAGUUUCUCACAAGUAAACUUUUGUUUGCUUACUUUUGGCUAUUUUCAAUGUUGGUGGGCGAAUUUCAGGUGGAAUGCUGUAGCCAGCUUCGAUUGUCCUGAAAAUUUUUGUGUAAAUUCUAGUCCAGCCAUGUUUAUGUACUUAAACUCAGUUUGCCAAAAGCAUGAACUGUUUUUUACAUGCUUGAGCACGAGAUGUUGGAGGACUAAUGGCACUUAUCAUUCCGGGUGCCCAGAUGCAACUGCUCUUGUUGCAAAUGUUGCCACCAAGUCUAUUGUUUUGUUGGA